AUGUCACGAUCUCAACAGUCAUCGUCAAAUAUUGGCAAACAGGAUCUGUUAAAGUUGCCUGUUCCAGAGUUAAAGGAAACUUUCGCCAAAUUUUUGUAUUUUUCGAGGGUUCUGGCUGACAAAAAAGAUCAUAAUGAAGCUGUAAGGCUAGUGAAAGAGUUUUUGGACAGUCCCAAAGCCAAGAAGUUACAAAAUUAUCUUCUUGAAAGGGCUAACAAUGAAGAAAAUUGGGUGAGAAUUUUGAAUUUAAAAAUACGUUUGGUCCCUUAAAGGCUCACUUAAAAGUUUUAGCUAACUCCCUGGUGGAAUGAAUAUGGAUAUCUUAGAUAUCGGAAGCCGUUACCUAUCUAUUCAAGCGUCGGAAUUUCCGCUGGACGCAUUGAAGGACGUGGAGAAGAUGCCAGAUUGGAAUACACUGCAAAAGUAAUUAAAGUCCUUACAAGAUUUGUUAUUGCGGCUAAAAAGUAAGUCAGAAAAUAAUAUCUUUCUUUGUAACUUGGUCUUCUAAAGGGUUCAUAUGAAAAUCGCAUUUUAGAAGAGAAUUGCCUGCAGAAAAGUACGCAGGACGCCCUCUUGAUAUGGACCAUCAUCACAGAUUCUUUGCCGCCACAAGAAUCCCUAAGCCAGAGUGUGAUGAACUGUAUACUAUAGAAAAAUUUGAAGACUUGGAAGGGCAUAUUGUGGUGGUUAGAAGGGGCCAUGUAAGAAAAUUUCUUGCAGAAUUUUGUGUCGUUGAAUUACGCAACUAAAAUGACAACUUCAGACGUUCAUUAUGCCUGUUUGGGACAUCCAUGGUAAAAUUUUGUCGGAACCUCAACUCCUCAAGGAACUAAAAGCAAUCGUCAAACAAAGCCAUAGCUUCAAUAAGAAGCCUAUAAAUCUUGUUUCAUCUGCUGACAGGGACACAUGGGCCACAGUUUAUCAACGUCUUAGAGGUUGGUAAAAAAUAUGAAUUUUGGGAUGAAAAAAGAAAGUCGCAGCGAGCAGGGUUCGAACCUGCGCGGGCAAAGCCCAAUGGAUUUCAAGUCCAUCUCCUUAACCACUCGGACAUCGCUGCACGGGCCACUUCUCGCGGGAAAGGGUCUUUUUGUUUUCGGGGAGGGAGAAGAGGGAAAUGGAAAGGCAUUUAUGGGUGUGAUAGUAUCUCAAUUUAUUUUAAUAAUACUCUCUCCGCAACAUAAAACUGUUGACAAUGGUAUUGAAAAUAAAAAAUACGUUUCCGUUCGUUUAGCCCGAUACCCCAACUCCUUGAAGCUCUACGAAAACGCUCUCUUUGUGGUCGGCCUCGACGAGCCAAUCAAACCAAAGCCCGGCCAGCGUCAUGAAGAUGCCCAUCUAUUAAAUGGAGUGCAUGGUCAUGGAUCCAAACACAACUCAAUCAAUCGUUGGCAAGACAAGUUCAACAUGUUCUUUGAUACUGACGGCUUUUAUGGAGUUUUAUACGAGCACACUCCGGCUGAUGGAGCUCCAUUAGCCACAGUAAUCGAGACAGUUUACAAAACCGUAAUCAAAGAGAGAGAACAGGGAUUUGUGGAGACCUAUGAGAAUGAUGUUGUGGCCACUCCGACACAAGAAUUGGUCUUCAAACUGACCGAGGAAGAUGAAAAAGCGAUUGAAAAGACAGCAGAAGGUCUUGAACAGUAAGCUGAAUGACAACACUGACUAAAAAACACAAGUUUUUAGAUUGGUCGCAAAAGUGGACUGUAAAUAUUACAACUUUGAGGAAUUCGGGAAACGUGUACCUAAAGAAGCCAAGAUUUCGCCCGAUUCUUUUAUUCAAAUUGCAUUACAACUUGGCUUCUAUCGGCUCCAUAAACGGCAUGGGAAUGCUUAUGAAAGCGCGUCGCUUCGGAUGUUCAAAAAUGGACGAACAGAGACUAUCCGAUUGCCAAAUGAGGAGUCAAAAUUAUUUGUGGAGACAUUUAUUAACAAUCAAAAGCAAAUUAGCGAUAAAGAAUUGGCCAAUCUGCUGAAUGAUGCGUGCAAAGCGCAUAAAGCUUAUUCGGACACAUGCGCUAAUGGUGAGUUAUGAUUCCUCAAUAAAAAAAAUGCAAAAAAUAUAGUCUUAAAGGCUUUAGCUAACAGAUUUCUUUAUUUGCAGGCAAAGGAAUGGACCGUCAUUUGUUUGGACUCCGGAUCGCUGCCAACCAAACCAACACCGAAUUGCCUCCGCUCUUUUCUUGCAAUGCGAUGACUAAAUUAACAGCCUUUGACCUCUCAACAAGUCAGGUCCCCAUGUCCACAAGACCUCGGAUGAUUUACGCUCCAUUAGUUGAUGAUGGAUAUGGAGCUCUUUACAACCCGGGGGAAACAAGUAUUGAUAUUGGAUUCUCAGCUUUUACCACAUCCAAGAAAUCAAAUCUAGAGGCGUUCGCCGAAAGUGUUUUCCAAAGUCUGCGAGACAUGAGAGACAUUCUAAUCAGAGCCAAAGUCAUCAAUCAAUCCCAUAUCUAA